CGGGUUUCUUUAAUACACAGCAUGAACUUUCCUCUGAUUUGUGUAUAUACCCCAUGUGACAUAUGAGAACCAGUCAAAGAAGAGUGCGCGUUAUUUGCGAAGAGAAAAGCAACAGAUCGGAAGUCAUGUGACAUUCUGGUGAUGCGGAUGUUGUAGACGCGACUGACCUUAAGUUACUGCAAAGAUAAGAGGACUGGGCCGAGUUGCACAAUACGAACAGUCAUGAGCUCUAAUACUUUCUCGAAAGCUGAGUUGGUAACUGCCAUUUCUUUGACUGCUGGGACUGCAGCAGUGAGUAUCCUACUCUACAAGACAUUUUUCUCCAAGGACAAGUGCUGCAAAGCCAAAGUGAACUUAGAUCUGCAGAAGGACAAUCCCAAAGUGGUACAUGCCUUUGACAUGGAGGACCUGGGAGACAAAGCGGUAUAUUGCAGGUGCUGGCGAUCCAAAAAGUUUCCUCUGUGUGACGGUUCCCACAUUAAGCACAACGAAGAGACGGGUGAUAAUGUGGGCCCUCUCAUUAUCAAAAGAAAAGAUGCUUGAAGAAUCAUCGUUGCACUUCCCAAGACCACAUCUGCUGAUGCACAGUUUCUUUGCCCAUCCAAAUAUACAUGUUGUUUGAAAAAACAAAUGUAAUGGCCUAUCUGUAUAUGUUGUCACAUGCGUAUUUAUUUUUAUCUAUUUGUGUAUGUUGUCACAUGCAUAUUUAUUUUUAACAUCUGUCUUGUGUUUGGGUGUUAACACUAAAGAGCAGAGUUGUGAGACGUGCAGCAUUAUUUUUUUCGUUGGUUAGUUGGGGAAGAACAGCUAUAUUUAAUUGGCACUGGUAACUAACAUUGAUGGCUGAAAACUAUUUUGCCAAUGCUCAUGAAAAGAGCUUGGGUGGGUACUGGAUCAAAUAAGAAUUAAUGACUUAACAAGAAAUUUAUUAGUGGCAUGUACAACGAAGAUAAUACUCCUUGCAGUGCCUUUUGUCAGCACUCACAAAAGGUGCACCAUUGGGGAACAUGAAAACUGACUUUGACAUGGUUUAAAUGCAAAGGUGAAGCUGUUUAAAAAUUGGAAUUCCACUGCAUAAGCUCAUACAAGAAAAAAAAUCAUUCAGUCAAGUGACGGGCAUGAGUUGUCAGCUUGCUGAAUCACCUGGCCACAUCUCUUGUUUUACCAGAUAAGAUCGCUGAUCUGUUAACAAAUACUGUAAUUUAAUGACUUCCCUUAAAAGUGCCAAUGGACCAAAUCUACUUGACUGUGUGUGUGACUGAGAGCAGGGAUUAUUGUUAGUGUGAUUCAGAAGGAAGAUUUUUAUGAGGAAAAAAAAACAUUGUUAGCACUACUCUUGCAUUCCAGCCACUAACAUGUAUUUUUAACACAUGAAAUUAACCAUAAAUGUAUUUUCAUUUCUGCCUGUAUUGUGAAUGCUAUUACUGCAAAAUGUACUGUUAAUUGUGUUAACUUGCAUUGCAUUGUGAAUUGAGGGAUGCAGAAUUUCUGUGAGUAUUUAUCAAGAUGAGCUCUAUCAAAAGACAAGUGGCUUUAUCCUUGUAUUGUCCUCACAUUUUGAAAUGUUGUUGCAUUGUUGUCUUGUAUCUUGCUCAAGACUGUACACAAAAUUGUAAUGAUCUGUUUUUGAAAGUAAUAUUUAAUGAAAAAAGGAUAUUUAUUUUGGGAUAUAAUUAUUCUGGUUUAGUAGUUAUAAAAAUCAGUGGCCUUGCGUGUUUACCAAAUGCCUUCUCUUGGGUGAAUAUAAGGUAUUGGAAUCAUAAUUCUGAAACUAGGGAAACUGAAAAUGUGGGAGUGGAAAGAUUCAACAGUGUAUACUUCUGGGCAUGCAUAUGAAAUGUCAUUAUUAUUUAUGUGCUAUUUACAGAGAACUUCAACUGUGUUGUCUCAAAGCUGUAGAAUGCUUUUCCUGCUGUGUAUGCAGUGGUUCACAAACCUGAACAGCAGAAAAUUGAUGAUAAGCAAAACAUGUUGAUUUAAAUGGUAGAAAAUGUGAAGGGCUGAAUUUCACACAGCAUUAAAAAAGAAAUGUAGACAUGUGCAUUUGUGCAUUGUGCAUUUAUAACUAAAAAUG